GCUUCCGAUUAUUUGGAUAUUGGCAGUGGGAAAAUGAAGAGCGAGUACAUAACACUGGAGCAGUCGAUAUAUCCAGCGCUGGGCGGAGGAGGUAGACCCAAUCCCGGCCAGAAACUGACCACCACCCAUCUGAUUAUACUCACCCUGAUCGUGGGGACCCUCCUAAUAACUCUCUAUGGCUACUGGGACGUCAUGAUGCUGACGGCUCGUGCCACGGAUCCUCUUACGGCGGAGCUGAGGAACGAAUCCCUCGCCGAGCAACUGCAUCGCGAGGUGAGGAUACUGUGCUGGGUCCUGACCACGCCCAAGUACCACAAAUCGCGGGCGGUGCAUGUGAUGAGGACGUGGGGCAAGCGCUGCAAUAAGAUCUACUUCAUGACCUCUGCCCCGGACGACGAGCUGCCCACUGUCCUGCUUAAGAAACCGGAUCGGUAUGAGGUUCUCUGGGGGAAGACCAAGGAGGCGUUCACUUACCUCUACGAGCACAAGCGGGAUGAGGCCGACUGGUUCCUCAAGGCGGAUGACGACACCUAUGUUUUUUUGGAGAAUAUGCGCUAUAUGUUGUAUCCUUAUCCCGCGAACACUUCCAUUUAUUUUGGUUUCAAUUACAAAAUGGUGGGAGACCACCCAAAGAAUGAGACCUAUAUGUCGGGGGGCAGUGGCUAUGUGUUGUCCCGCGAAGCUCUCAGGACCUUUGUCGAGGGCGUGAAUGAUCCCGAAAAGUGCCGACAGGAGGACAAUAACCCCGAGGACGUGGAAAUGGGCAAGUGCCUCUUCAAUCUCGGCGUCAAAGCCGGAGACUCUAGGGACAGUCGCCUCCGGAAUCGAUUCUAUCCUGUGGCGCCCUUCGGAGCGCUACUCUCCGGGGAUGUGGCCCUGGACUUUUGGCUCUACAAAUAUGCCUAUUACAACUCACGAUCGUGCCUGGACUGCCUGUCGGACUAUCCAGUGGCCUUCCACUACGUGAGCAGCAGGCAGCUCUACGUCUAUGACUACUUCAGCUACCAGCUCCAGCUCCAGCUGCCAGGACGCGAAGUGCCGGAGGUGUUGCCCAAGAAGCUCCGCGACCAGGACAUCGUGAUACCAGAUGGUGACAAUACCGUAGUUUAGUGAUAGGAUCCAUCUCUUCCCUAAAAUCUCGCUGCCUAUAUUAUUUAUUUAAAAUAUUAAUUACGAGUUCUUGACCUUCUUCCCUCAAGCUUUAAAAAUAAAUAAAUUAUAAUUUAUAUAAUUAAUAAAAAUAAAAACACUUUGAACUGAA